AUGCAGUGCAGAAUCAAACUCUCCACUCAGAAGCAGAUUUUGAUUACAAUCACAUGGUGCAAGAGCAGUUUGACUCAAGGUCUUAAUAUAACCUUUGGUGAUGAUCAAUCAAGCGCCUUCAAACUAAAUACGAAUUCGCGCUUAUUCAGAAAGUUGAAAGGCAGCAAAUCAAUUGAAUUCCAGAAUAACGAAAUUGAAGUUUACUGGGAUCUUUCUGCAGCUAGGUACCCUACAGGCCCUGAACCUGUUGACGGAUAUUAUGUCUUUAUCACAGUUGAUUCAGAGCCAGGCCUAAUUCUUGGAGAUAUGGCUCAAGAAGCUUGGACGAAAAAGCUCAAAAAUGGCACUCAAAUGGCAAAAUCCUCAUUAAUUUCGCGCCAAGAACAUUUCUCCGGCAAUACCCUUUAUUCGACCAAGGCUCAAUUCUGCAAUACUGGUGCUGCUCACGACAUUUUGAUUCGUUGUAGUGGAGAAAACGAAGGCCUAAAGCAUCCGGUGUUAUCAGUUUGUAUCGAUAAGAAGAUUGUAAUUCGCAUAAAGCGCUUGCAAUGGAACUUCAGAGGAAAUCAGACAAUUUUCUUGGAUGGUUUGCUUGUUGAUCUCAUGUGGGAUGUUCAUGAUUGGUUCUACAAUCCAGCCUCAGGAUAUGCCGUGUUCAUGUUCAGGACCAGAAGUGGUAUGGAUAGCAGAUUGUGGUUAGAAGAGAAGCAGUUGCAGAAAGAUCAAGAUCAAGUGGAAUUCUCAUUAUUGAUCCGCGCCUGCAAAGACCUAUAG